UCGGGCGGCGGCCGGGGCCAGGCGGGGCGGGGCGGGAGCGCCGGGCCCGGGCGGCUGCGCCAAGGGGCCUGCGGCUGGCUGGGUCCCGGCCAUGUCCGAUUACCGGAUCUCGGUGGAGGAGCUGAACGACCUCCUGGCUAACGGCAGCGGCUGCUACAGCCUGCCCAGCGCGCACAGCAACGAGGUGGUGCCGCGCAUCCACGUGGGGAACGCGUUCAUGGCCAAGAAUAUUACGAAGCUGCAGCGUCUGGGGAUAACCCACGUUCUGAAUGCGGCCGAGGGGAAGUCGUUCAUGCACGUGAACACUAAUGCCGAGUUCUAUGAAGGCACAGGCAUCAGAUACCACGGCAUUAAAGCUAACGAUACACAAGAAUUUAACCUCAGUCGCUAUUUUGAGGAAGCAGCUGAUUUUAUCGAGAAAGCACUUUCGCAGAAGGAUGGACAAGUGUUUGUGCAUUGCCGUGAGGGCUACAGCCGCUCUCCUACGCUGGUCAUCGCCUACCUCAUGCUGCGCCAGAACAUGGACGUCAAGUCUGCGUUGAGCACUGUCCGGCAGAAGCGAGAGAUUGGCCCCAACGAUGGCUUCCUAAGGCAGCUUUGCCAGCUCAAUGAGCAGUUAGUGAAGGAGGGCAAAGUGAAGCCCUAGAGCAGAGCACUGUAGUAUUUUUUUAAGUUUCUCAAACCAUCAGAGGACAUCUUAGGUACUUUAGAUUCCCAAACCCCAACCACCAAGCUAAAUCGCGUCAUGUCAGGGAGACAGAAUUCCUGCUCUCGUCUAGUGAAAGUAUCUUUCUCGAACACUGGGUCUGUCUUUCAAGAUGGCACAAAGUUGUGUCACUGUUUGGAGCUGUUGCAGUAAAGAGGUGUUUUUAGAGGGGUGAGUCCAGUGAUAACAGCCGUCUUCACGUGUAUUUCAGACUCUGUAGCAGAUGUGGGUUUGCAUUGACACCGAGUGUGAUUCGCUUAAGCCUUGUCUGGUGUCCCACCAGCGCACCAUGUUCUGUGAGCCCCAACACAUCUCUUCACUCAGUCUUAAUUGAGGUACUGUAUUUUCUAAAGCUUCUUUUUCAUGCACACAGGUGCCUAAAGUUUGAGUGUAGGAGCUUCAAGGAACGGAGAAGCAAAUAUACAAAUGCACAGAUGCACUCGCUUGUAAAAUGAAGUGUAUGCGGCGUGGUUUACUGUGGAUUUAUGCAAUACACGGUGUGUGGUAGUAAAGCCAUUCAGAGCCCAAUCUUGAUGCACACUGUAUUUCCAAGAAUGUUUGUACCUCCUGCUGUUGUGAUUGAUCUGAAAUAGCCUUGAUAGUAAAUACUCUUUUAUUUUUUGUUUUGAAGUCGUACUAGGGAAAAAACGUCGAGAGCAAACGUUGAGGCAAAAGCUUGAGCAAGGAAGAAAUGAUGUCUGUAUUUAGGAGUGCUUGUACCGGAUGUAUGAUAAAGUCCUAAAUCUCAGAAUAUAAUGGCUCCCGAGGCUUGUAUUGAA